AUGAUAUGCCUGCAUAGAAUCAAAAGCGAAGGCUUAAUAAGCAUCUGGCACGACAAUGAAAUCCUUGCUGGAGACAAGUGGCGUGAUGUUAUCUCCAGCGACCUUACCGAUUCGGAUAUACUCCUCUACCUCGUUUCUGCGGACAGUCUUGCCUCUAGAAAUUGCAAUAGGGAAUUGUCCAUAGCUUUCAAGGAAAAUAUAAGGAUUAUUCCGAUUAUCCUUGAGAAUUGCGAUUGGCAAAAUCAUCAACUUAGCAAUUUCGAGGUUCUCCCUGAAAAAGGUAAACCUAUUACCCAAUGGGAUCCUGAAAGCAAGGGGUGGCAAAAUGUUAUUAAUGGUAUCCGAAUUGCUAUUCAGAAAAUACAAUGUCAAGUUAAACCGUCUUCCGGUAUAUCUGAAAUAGAAACAGAUGCCGAAUUGGUGUUCCAACAAGCUAAUUUUCUGAUGAUUCUAGGACAAAUAGAUCCGGCGAUAAAAGCACAUUCACAGGCAAUUGAACUAAACCCACGCCAUGCGGAGGCUUAUCGCAAUCGUGGUACUGCUUACAGCAACAAAGGCGAUUUUGACAACGCCAUUAAUGACUUUAACACCGCAAUACAACACAAGCCCAAUGACCCCGCGCCCUAUUACAGUCGCGGGAUUGUUUACGGUAACAAAGGCGAUUUUGACAACGCUAUCAAUGACUUUAGCAAAGCGAUAGAACUAAAACCAGAUUUUGCCGAGGCUUAUCACAAUCGCGGCACUGCCUACCUCAGCAAAGCCGAGUAUGAUCAAGCUACCGCAGACUAUAACCGAGUUAUAGAAUUGAAACCAGAUUUUGCCGAGGCUUAUCACAAUCGCGGGAUUGCUUACAACAAGAAAGGGGCGUACGAUCUUGCCAUAAAAGACUAUAACCGAGUUAUAGAAUUGAAACCAGAUUUUGCCGAGGCUUAUCACAAUCGCGGGAUUGCUUACAGCAAGAAAGGGGCGUACGAUCUUGCCAUAAAAGACUAUAACACAGCGAUAAAACUAAAGCCUGCUGAUGCGGAGGCUUAUCGCAGCCGUGGUACUGCUUACGAGAGUAGAGGUGAACAGGACCUUGCUGUCCGAGACUAUAACACAGCAAAGCGGCUAAAACCUGAUGAUGCCUUAGAAGAAGCAGAAACCAAAGGCUUUCUUCGCUCAAUGAGAUUGCGAUUUGAUGAAGCUAUAUCAAGCGAACCCUAUUAUCGAAUCUUCGCUGCUCCCAUGACAUUGGUUUCAAAUACAGUUCGGACGCAGGAACCGGAAAUCCACAACCUUUUACAGAAUCCGCCAGAUGUACGUAAGGGUGCGUUCGGUUUCACAGGUAUUCCAGAGGUCUUACCAAUUCCUGAGGGAAUUAGUGGUUUCAAUUUUGGUGAAGGCGAAGUAAUUUUAUUGAACAAUGGGUUUCUUGAGUUACGAUGUCCACUGUCCGACAGCGUAUUUCAAUGGCAAAUAUCGGCUUAUGAGAUGUUUUGGGAAUCAGAAUGGCUAUACCCUUAUGUCAUCUGUGAGUUUCCAGUCACAUUUCUGCGGUUAGUUAAGGCAAUCUAUACAGCAGCCAAUAUUGACUCUCGCUUUCUUGUUCAACAGGAAUACCACAACCUUAGCGGUUUUCUGCUAGUGGGUAGGCAUCCAGGCAAUCCGAAUUUUGGUAAAUUUAAGAACGAGCGACGUGUCUACGAGUCACCCCACCCCAUUGUUUCAAAACAGGCUGUGAACCCAGAUUUUAAACCAGAUCGAGUCGCGUACGAUUUUGUAACAGAUGUGUAUACCGGUUUUGGGUUAAGUACAGCAUUAAUGCCUGCACUUUUUGACGAGGAACAUAAGUUUGCCCUUUGA